UUAAAAUGAAGAAUUAUGAAUAAUUAACCAGGAUCUCCGCAGAGACCAAAAAUAUUGCUAUGGAUAUAAAGAAAGGAGCAACAGACAGCCAAUUCUUCAUACCUGAGAGAGCAAUUAUAGUUCAGUACUGAGCCCUCCUGGCCUUAGUUGAGGCUGACCCAAAAAGGAGAGAGGAAAAGAAUUAGCAGUUUGAGAAAAAAAAUCAUUUCUGAAAAAGGUUACCAAAAUAUGAACACUCUGUAAGAAGGAGUAAUAGGAAAACGCAAACUAUUUAGUGAACCGAUUCUUGAUGUGUAUUUGCACUGUUCCAGAAACAACUGAGAAAUCAUGAAGGAUUUAUGUACCAUCACAUAGAUUGCAUAACCUCUCAUCACAUAACACGAUGAAAGAUUACAGAAUUAAAUAAUUUUGCAAUCAAAAACAUUCAAUUAAAAAUGAAAAACUGAGAGCUUUGUCACUUUAUAUGCACUCUCCGUGUGAUUCAUUCAUCAAGGCUGGGUGUAUCAAUAGAAGAAGACUGAAAAAGCUGACAAUGAUUAAGGACCACAAUCGCAAGGAAUGGCAGUGAUUUACUGUAUGAGAAUAACACACCUUAACGGUGAGAAAGACAGUGAAGAGGAGAAUAGAGAAGAAGAAGAAGAAGAAGGCCCUCUAUGUAAGGAACAACAAGGAAAAAGUUUACAUUCAGAAAAGAUGACGCAUUCACCUCUUCAGUUUGUGGCGGGCAAAAAGGAUGAAAUUGAAGCAGUUAUGGAUAUAUUUGAAAAAGGAACUGAAGUCAUUGUGGAAGUAGUUGGGGAGUUGUUUCCAAUAUUUCAGGUUGUAGCUCCUGUUGUUAAACUUGCUCUGGAUAACAUGGAGAGCAAAGAGGCAAGGUUUAUGAAAGAACAAUUUCAGAAAAUUGAGGACGAAUUGGGUGAAAUUUCAGAUGAACUCAGAAAUAUCAGCAAUGAACUUGAUAAAACUCGAAUGGAAGAAGAAUGCUUCACUAUUGAAGAAGAUCUCAGAAACCAGUUUGAGAAUUACAUUGAAUUCUUGAGUGCUGGCAAAAAUUUUAAGAAAGCCAAAAGAAAAGUUUUCCUUGAUCAUUUUGACGCCACUAAAGGAGAGGAUGGACUAGAAACUCUGUACCAAGCAGUUAUGGAAGAAUACACCUUUGGGAAAAGUAUUCUGAAAAUAGUAAUGGAGUAUCAUAAAAGAGACAGACGCAUCUUAGAAGAUUUCUGUGCCCGUCUUAUAAAGCUUUUCUUUAUGGGUAUUAUAUCUCUCUUGGCCUAUACUGCACUGAAAGGAAAUGAAGAGGAUGAAACACCUGAAAGGUGGGAAGAGAAGAUGGAAGAUGUCGAAGAGAUUAAAAGAAAGUGGCAGGAAAAAAUGGAGGCCAUUGAAAAGAAAAUCAAGGCAGUGGUUGAGGACUGCAAAACCAAUUUUGCACAGCAGGCACAAGAAGACACUGAGCAGCUUCUUCGAGGCAACAAAGAAAUUAAGAGUAAGGAGUUCACUGAUAACGUCCUUGAGUUUUUAAAUAAGAAAUAUUAUUGGGUGAGCUGGUCUGUCAGGGUCUAUUACCACUCAGUCAGUUGGUUUACAGAUUUUAGAACAGGUAAAAAAUACCAUAAUAUCAUUGGUUCUAGUCAUUUUGAGUUUUUUGACAUAAACAAUGUCAAUGUGGUUGUGUCCUAUUGUGUUGAACCAAAAAUUAUUGACAAAUCUAAAGUACGACAAUUAAUUGAGGAGCAAAAAAAGGACAACAACAUGUUAGCAGUCACACAAGUAUUCGCAGAAAGUUUCCCAUCCUGUGUGAUACAUGCAGUGAACCAUCAUAAAGAUGUCUAUGAAUCAAACAAUUUUCAGCCAGAGUACUACUAUUCAGGACAAUUUAAAAAUUGUGUUAUUUGCAUUCAUUCAGAUUAAGAAACAUGGCAGUUCUACCUUACUGCUGUGUCCAACUAAAAGCAACUUUAAGUUAACUAUUUUCUUGCAAGUAGUGGAAAAGGUGUUAUUGCUACUUUGGCCACUUCAAAAGCCUCCUGAAAUUUUCACUUCAGAAACUGGUACAGUUUGUAUUUUAAAUCAUUUUCUGUUGUCAUUACUAUGCUCUUGUAUUUUUUCUUUACAAUAUUAAUUAAUUUCAUACUAUAUGUAGAUUCCUCUAGGCAGAACAGUCUAAUCCAGUAAAUUCUGAAAAAUGUACAAGUGUUAAAGCAUUUGUACAAGGAAAGCCCAUGACCCUUCAAUGGGAACAUUUUAUCAAUUUAAGUAAAUCAUAGCAAUACCUCUGUAUUGCUUUAGAAUUUAUUUUUUUUUUAGAAGUUAUUUAAGCUUCAACAUAACAUACCUUUCAACUUAAUUUUCUUUUAAAAGGGGAAAUGUUUUGUUAUUGUUUGGUGCAAAUUUAAUAUGAUGUGUCUGGCUUUGUAGCAAGCAAUAUACUCUUCUGCCUCUCUAUGCUUCGACUCCAUUUUCAUUGCUAGGCUUCUGUGUACCACUUCCUUGUUCCUCAUGUUUUUUAUGGGGUUGUUCUAAUAGCCUGUUUUAAUGUACAUAUAACUGAAUUUAGGUAUAAAAAAUAAAAAAUUAGACAAUAAAAAAAAAACAGCAGAGGAAAGGAACCCUGCACUGGGUUUCACUUCAAACAGGAAGGCCUGUCUGAUCUAUUUUAUUUUCUUUUAUUCUUUGUACAUAAAAAAAUAUUCUUUGUGAUGCCAUUGCUUUUCAUUUGUCUUAUGUGAUUUUGACUGUGGCCACAGGAUGUGUCAUAAAUCUGCCUUUUGCAGUCUUUUGCUACUGAAAAUAUUCUACAGAUCCAACCAGGAUGUAAAAUGUUAUUUUGCAUAUUUUUAAAAAAUGACGUCACGUUUUACCUGGUACAUCUGUGGUUGUCCUGUUACUGCUUAGUUGGGCUUAGAUUUCCCCUAACCUGGGGCUGCUGGGGCUUUCUUAGUUUCCCUUACCCUCAGUCAGGAUUACUUUCUCUCCUCCACUGUUGGGGAUUUUGGAUUCCUUUCCUGCUGUCUUUCAUCCCCUUCUGUUAGACCACCAGUCUCCAUUCUCUCUUGGGCUGUCUCCAGAGACUCCCUGUCCCUUAGCCACCGUGGAGUAUGUCCAGUUUGCCGACUGAGAUGCUGGGUCAUGUCAGUUUAAAACAAUGAAAAUUGCUAGGACUGUCACAAUUAUCAACUGUGUGCAGACCUUCUAGUAUAGUCAUGACGGAGCAUGUGCUGUACGAAGGGUUAAUCAGCCUAAAUUUCACCCCUUUUUCUCUUUUUUACAUUUUGUUUUGAUACAUAAAGCACAUGAAAUCAGAAAGAUUUGCUUCUCUUCUGUUUGCAAGAUCCAAACCAUGUGUGUUCCUUAUUCCUUGUUGCUGCAUUACAUGCGUUAUAUUUCCAGAUGAGCAUCCAUUUGCCGUCAGCUUUCUUGCAAACAGAGCCCAUUCCUACGAUUAAAGACAAAAUCAUACGUGUUUUAUUUUAUUGUAGCAAGUCAUGGACUAGUUGGAGUGAGUCACUGAGCAUGUCACAUUAUGCAACCAGCUUCACAGGAGCGCGCUAUUGAUUGUCCGACUCGCUAGGAUUAUGUAAAUGAAGGCUACAAUUGAAAAUUGCUGGAAUAGUCAUGUAAUAUGACAUAGCUUUGAGAUGUUAGUAUUUGUGUUCUGCUUGAAAACAUGAUACGUACAUAACGUCUGUGUAAAAGAAGAUAGCAAACUAUGCCAUGUUUGGCUAUUGACCCAACUAUCUUAUGCACCCAUUUCCUGUAAUUCAUCACAAUGAAACUCUAAAAAUGAAUGUAAAUGUUAAAAUAUAUGAAUGUUUACAAAUAAGAAGACUAUAAUAUCAGUAAGAAACCAGACAACAAAUACUUAACUGGACCAAAUCACUAAUUUUGACAGUUCUUUAAAGAUACAUGACUGGAGAGGUAAGUUCAACACCACAGAUACCCUCGAUGGAAAGAAAUGCUUCCUGCUUUCAUUUGCUAAUGGUGUUCUUAAUUCUAAUCAGUGACAUUAAAUGCAGAUUACACAAAUUCCUUAGAAGUAAACUGCUGGAUUAAUUGUUUUUAUUCUACAAAGAGUAUUGAGCACGUUGAUUAGGUUUUUCAAAAGACCUCCAAAAAGACUGAGUGAUGGCUCAGGAUAUGCCCUUUAAAUUUUGUCUUUUCAGUCAGAUUUCAUAAUGAAGAAAUUAUCAUUUUUGUGGCCAACUGGGACUUUAAAUUGGAAGUUAAAAUGUUACUCAUUUGGUAAAUUACUCAAAUAAUUGUAUUGUAAAAAGUAUCUGUACAUACGGUACAUUGCUGGUUUUAUUCCAAUUGGUACAUUGUUUAGAAGCACUAUAAAGGAUAAAUUCUGUUUGUCUAUUAUUUUAAGUGUGGCUUAUUUUACCUGCAGCAUCUGUUAAUAUUUUGGGUUCUGUUCUCACAUCUGCUUAACUAUAAUAGAUUUACAAAUUGACACAUGUUACUGAGUGAAAUAUACUACAUAAGAACACCAAAUUCUUAAUUACUAAACCUCUGUCUCUCAUAAAAUAAUAAACACUUUUUCUGACAGACUGAGGAGAUCAUUGCUCCCCUACACUAUACGACUCUGCAAUUCCACCCGGGGGGUAAACGUUAACAUUAUACAAAGUUAUUGUCUGUUUCACCUGCAUUUUUAUCACUCUUUAAUUUAAUAUUGUUUUUUAUUAAUUUGCUGCUACUGGAGUAUGUGAAUUUCCCUUUGGUAUUAAUAAAGUACCUAUCUAUCUGUCUAAUCAGCAGUGGUUAAAAAUUGCACUGUAAAAUGCUUUGGAACAGAAAACAUUAUCAAAAGUUCUCUAUAAAAUAAACAUUGACUAAUUUAUUAAUUG